CCGACCGGAAGUCUUCCUCUCGCUUCCGGCCGCGGCUGUCCGGCUCGGUGCCUGCUCAGGGCCGCCGCCGCCUCCAGGCUCCGCCAUGGCGCCCACCAUCCAGACGCAGGCGCAGCGGGAGGAGCCGGGUCACCGGCCCAGCUCCCACCGAACGCUGCCCGAGAGGUCGGGCGUGGUGUGCCGGGUGAAAUACUGCAACAGCCUCCCCGACAUCCCCUUCGACCCCAAGUUCAUCACCUACCCCUUCGACCAGAACCGGUUCGUGCAGUACAAGGCCACGUCUCUGGAGAAGCAGCACAAGCACGACCUGCUGACUGAGCCUGACCUGGGCGUCACCAUCGACCUCAUCAACCCCGACACCUACCGCAUCGACCCCGGUGUGCUCCUGGACCCGGCGGAUGAGAAGCUGCUGGAGGAGGAGAUCCAGGCACCCACCAGCUCCAAGAGGUCACAGCAGCACGCGAAGGUGGUGCCAUGGAUGCGAAAGACUGAGUACAUCUCCACCGAGUUCAACCGCUACGGCGUGUCCAACGAGAAACCCGAGGUCAAGAUCGGAGUCUCGGUGAAACAACAGUUCACAGAAGAAGAGAUCUACAAAGACCGCGACAGCCAAAUUGCCGCCAUCGAGAAGACUUUUGAAGACGCUCAGAAAGCGAUCACACAGCACUACAGCAAACCUCGCGUCACCCCCAUCGAAGUCAUGCCCGUCUUCCCUGACUUCAAGAUGUGGAUCAAUCCCUGUGCCCAAGUCAUCUUUGACUCGGAUCCAGCGCCGAAGGACACGAGCGGUGCUGCAGCACUGGAAAUGAUGUCCCAGGCCAUGAUCAGGGGGAUGAUGGACGAGGAGGGGAACCAGUUUGUGGCCUAUUUCCUUCCUGUGGAGGAGACGCUGCGCAAACGGAAGAGGGAUCAGGAGGAGGAGAUGGACUACGCCCCCGAGGACGUGUACGACUACAAGAUUGCACGUGAGUACAACUGGAACGUGAAAAACAAAGCCAGCAAGGGCUACGAGGAGAACUACUUUUUUAUCUUCCGGGAGGGUGAUGGCGUUUACUACAACGAGCUGGAGACCAGGGUGCGGCUGAGCAAGCGCAGAGCGCGGGCAGGGGUGCAGUCAGGCACCAACGCAGUGCUGGUGGUGAAGCACCGCGACAUGAACGAGAAGGAGCUGGAAGCACAAGAGGCACGGAGGGCGCAGCUGGAGAACCACGAGCCUGAGGAAGAGGAGGAGGAGGAGAUGGAGGCUGAGAAGGAGGCGGCAGGCUCAGAUGAAGAGCGGGAGAAAGGCAGCGAGAGCGAGGGAGCGGCGAGUGGCGAUGAAGAAGAGGAGGCUGAAGGCUCCGGUGCCAGCAGCAGCGAGCAGGGAGGUUCAGCCCGCAGCGAGGACGAGGCAGAAGAUGAAGAGGAGGAGGAGGCCAGGGGGGCCCGGCGGGGGGGCAGCGAUGCCGCCCGCGCUGCCCGCGACCAGGAAGAGAUCUUUGGCAGCGACGACGACGAGGAUGAAGAAGAGGACGAUGAGGAGGAAGAAUCGGAAGGUGGGGGCAGCGAGGGGGGGCCGCCCCGCAGCCCCCGGCUCAGCCCCAGCGAAGCUUCAGAUGACGAGAGCCCCAGUGAAGCCUCUGAUUCUUCCAGCGACUGAAGC